AUGGAGGAGAUGACUGCAUUCUUCCUCCCCAAGUUACCAGUUCCUGUCAACAAUUUACCUUCACCUCUGAACAAUGUUCUCUCUUUCCUGGAUCCAUUAAAACAACUUCUGCACACUCUGGGCAUUUCUGUUGAGCACCUUGUGGAAGGGCUGAGGAAGUGUGUAAAUGAGCUGGGACCAGAGGCCUCUGAAGCUGUGAAGAAACUGCUGGAGGCCCUCUCACAUUUGGUGUGAUGGCAGGCCAAAGAGAGAGGAGACGGGAGGAGGCUAAUUCUUCUCUCCUCGCUGGCUGUAACUCAUUCCACCCAGUUAUAAACCAGCCACCCUAAAAUGUGU